UCGCGCCUCCAUGACCCACAGCGCUGGUCGGCGCGGCCUCGGCGCCGGCAGCUCGCCUUGAGGCCCAUCCAACCCGCGGCCGGCGGGCGUCGAGAAGCUUCCUGGGCUGCUCACGCCGGCGCGAUGGCGACUGCUGCGGAGACGGAAGCCUCUCCGCCGACGGACUCGAGCUGCGAAAGUGGCGGCGGCGGCGGCGGCGGCGACGAGGAGAUGAAGCGGGCGCUUCCGCAGCCCGAGUCUUCCCCACAAAAUGGCGCCGGCGGCGGCGGCGGCCCCAGCAUCUGGGAGCCCGGCGGCGGCGGCGCGGCGCCCGAGGAGACGGCGGCCGAGGCCACUGCGAGCGUCAGCCAAGAGCAGCCUCGGGACUCGGCUGAGGCGGGCGCGGCCGCUCUCCCCAAAGGCCUCGAAGAGCCCGAAAAACCCGUUAGGAGGAUUUUUCAGAUCCCCAGGAAGAGCAGAGAAAAGAAAGCACUUUUUCAGCCAUUAACUCCAGGAUCUCGUGAAUUUGAAGAUGUUUUAAAUAUUCUCCAUUCAUCUUACCUUGAACCAACCUCAGUAACGAAUUUUAACUAUAAAUGUGCUUGCUUGGUACAUAACGAGCUUUUGGAAAAAGAGUUUACAGAAAAGCGAAGAGAACUGAAGUUUGAUGGCCGUUCAGAUAAAGAACUUUCAGAAUCCUAUGCAUUUUUGAUGGUUAAUCGCUAUCAGGUUCAAAGCAUAUGUGAAAAAGGACUACAAGUGGGCCAGUCCAAAAUAACAAUUCUUGGCAGUCCUUCCAUGGGUAUCUAUCUUUCUAGGUAUCCUGAUUUGUUACAAGCUAAUCCUUUGGAAGCUGGGACAGUGGGUGAUGUUGUUAUUUUUAAAAUAAUGAAGGGUAAAAUAAAAAGUAUAUAUGAACCCAUGGGUGUAAAAAGUUUGGAAUCUAAAAGUGCUUUGGAUCCAACACCAAAGCAUGAAUGUCACAUGUCGAAGAAUGCCAAUAGAAUUACAUCACUUUUGGCUUACCGAGCCUAUGAGCUUACUCAAUAUUACUUUUAUGAGUAUGGCUUUGAUGAACUAAGGCGAAGACCUAGACACGUGUGUCCAUAUGCAGUUGUGUCUUUUACUUACCAAGAUGAUAUACAACCUCCGAAGUUUGUACCUUCAUUAAGAUCUAACAGCUUUAAUGCAGAUAGAAACACAGAUAAAUUUCACUACACCUUGUGGAAAGGACAGCUUUUAAACAAAGGAAAGCUUUUGUGCUAUAUUUCUCUGAGGUCAGCCACUCGUGCUUUUUUGCCUAUCAAACUUCCUGAGAAGCUAGAUGUUGAAACAGUUAUGAGUAUUGAUCACCUGAAACAGAAAAUUCCUCCAGCACUGUUUUACAGGGAAGCAUACUUCGGUUCAAAUGAAGUUUUGAAGAAUGGAAUGUAUUGCAGUCUUUAUGAAGUUGUAGAAAAAACAAGAAUUGGAAGUAACAUGGAGAGUUUACUGCAAAAACUAGAGAAAGAAAAACUUGUUCUUGUUAAACCUUUGGGAGACCGAGGAUACCUUUUUCUUCUCUCUCCUUUUCAAAUGGUUUCUCCAUAUGAACAUCAAACUGCCAGAUCUCGAAUCCUACAUGCUUUGUUUCUGUUUCAAGAACCUAGAGGCAUAGUUACUUCACAAAAAGGUUCAACCAAUGUAGCACCACUGGAAAGACACGAGAGCAUGCCAGAUAUAUUAAAAAUAACUCAGUUUUUACAAUUUGCUUUGAUUCGGUGUCGAAAGGAAUUCAAAAAUAUAAAUAGUAUAAAUUUUCAUUCUGUUGUUGAAAAGUAUGUAAGUGAAUUUUUUAAGCGAGGUUUUGGUUCAGGUAAACGAGAGUUUAUUAUGUUUCCAUAUGAUUCACGAUUAGAUGAUAAAAAAUUCUUAUACCCAGCUCCAAGAAAUAAAUCCCAUAUUGAUGAUUGUUUGCGUACCUAUAUUUUCCGGCCUGAAAUGUAUCAGUUACCUAUUUGUCAGUUAAAAGAGCUAUUUGAAGACAAUAGAAAACUUCAACAGUUCGGUCAACUUUCAGAUUAUGAAGGCCACGAAGAAAUGAAUGGCACAAAAAAGAAAUUUGGGAAACGAAAUAACUCAAGGGGUGAGGCUAUUAAACCUGGAAAGCAGAAGUCAUCUCACUCUUUGGAUUAUGAUAAGGAUAGAGUCAAAGAAUUGAUUAAUUUGAUUCAGUCUAGGAAAAAAAAUGUGGGUGGGGACUCAGACACAGAAGAUAUGAGAAGCAAAACUGUCUUGAAGAGGAAGCUUGAGGAUCUACCUGAAAAUAUGAGGAAGUUCGCCAAAACCAGUAAUUUGGCUGAAAAUUGCCAUCUGUAUGAAGAGUCUCCACAGCCCGUUGGCUCACUUGGGCAUGACACUGACUUGCAGCAGGAGGAUACCUCUAACUCUGGUGUUGCUGACAUCCAUAGGCUGUUUAAUUGGCUAUCAGAAACAUUAGCAAAUGCACGCAAUUCUGAUGCAUCCCUGACAGACACAGUCAACAAAGCCUUAGGAUUGAGUUCUGAUGGUGCCUAUGAAGAGCUGAGGCAAAAGCAUGAAUAUGAAUUGAAUUCUAACCCAGAUAAGAAAGAAUAUGAGCAGCUUACUUGUGCAAAAAUUGAAAAUGCACAUUUUAAGGGCACUCAGAGCCCAUUGCUAGACGCUGAUACAUCAUCUGUAAAGUAUCCUAUUGCUCUUUCUACCAGUGAAGUAGGCACUGACCAUAAACUGCAUUUGAAAGAAGAACCAAAUUUAAUUAGCAUGAAUAAUUUUGAAGAUUGCAGUUUGUGUCCCAACAUUCCCAUUGAACAUGGGUUCCAUAAACAAUCUAAGUCAAAUGUUGAAGAGACUGAAAUACAUUGGAAACUGAUUCCAAUUACAGGAGGGAAUGCAAGAAGCCCAGAAGACCAGCAGGGGAAGCAUGGUGAAAAACAAACGCCAGGUAUGAAAUCACCAGAAGAACAACUGGUGUAUCUGCCACCACAGGAGGCCUUUCCUAACGACCCCCGGGUAAUAAGUAGACAGAGAAGUUCUGAUUACCAGUUUCCAUCCUCUCCAUUUACAGACACACUAAAGGGCACCACUGAGGAGGACGUGUUAACAGGUCAGGUGAUGACAGUGGAGGAGCAGUGUGUGCCAGCAGCAGAGCCGCCUCCAGUGAACGAAACCACAGAGAGGACAGUGUUAGGAGAAUACAAUCUCUUUUCUAGGAAGAUAGAAGAGAUUUUGAAGCAAAAGAAUGUUUCAUAUGUCAGUAGAAUUCCCACACCUAUCUUUUCAACACAAGAGAAGAUGAAACGACUUUCUGAGUUCAUAUAUUCUAAGACUUCCAAAGCUGGUGUACAGGAGUUUGUAGAUGGCUUGCAUGAGAAACUAAAUUCUAUUAUUAUCAAAGCAUCAGCCAAGGGUGGGAAUUUGCCACCAGUCAGUCUUAAUGGUUCUGGUACUAAGAUAGCAUUGAAUUCUCUAGGAAGACAUGUCAUACCAGUUUCCUCAAGUGACUUCAAUAAACACCUUGAACCACUUUGUAGUGAUACUUUGAAAGACACCAACUCUAAUGAGCAGUAUUCUUCUUCAACUUUGGGUUUAACUGAAGUAGAAGUGAACCAGCCACACCAUGCCAUGGAGCUAAUGGUGACUUCUGAUCAUACCGUACCUGAUGAUACUGCUCAGGAACCAGAAAAAGAAACAAAAUCACCCAGUGAUGUAGACAUUUCUGCCCAGCCAGCUCUUUCAAAUUUUAUAAGCAAGUUAGAACCUGAAGUAUUUAACAGUUUGGUUAAAAUCAUGAAAGAUGUCCAGAGAAAUACUGUGAAAUUUUACAUUCAUGAAGAAGAAGAGAGCGUGCUCUGUAAAGAAAUAAAGGAAUAUCUUAUCAAGUUAGGCAAUACAGAAUGUCAUCCAGAACAGUUUUUGGAAAGAAGAUCAAAAUUAGAUAAACUAUUAAUUAUUAUUCAAAAUGAAGACAUUGCAGGCUUCAUUCACAAGGUACCUGGCCUGGUGACUUUAAAGAAGCUCCCCUGCGUUAGUUUUGCUGGUGUUGAUAGUCUGGAUGAUGUUAAAAAUCAUACAUACAAUGAAUUAUUUAUAUCUGGAGGUUUUAUUGUGUCUGAUGAAUCCAUUCUAAAUCCAGAAGUUAUCACAGUUGAGAACCUUAAAAAUUUUUUGACAUUCCUUGAAGAACUUAGUACUCCAGAAGGAAAAUGGCAAUGGAAAGUCCACUGUAAAUUUCAGAAAAAACUAAAGGAACUGGGCAGAUUGAAUGCUAAAGCUCUAAGUCUGUUGACGCUUCUGAAUGUCUAUCAGAAGAAACAUCUGGUUGAAAUUUUGUCUUACCACAAUUGCGAUUCACAAGCUCGAAAUGCUCCAGAAUUGGACUGCCUUAUUAGACUUCAGGCUCAGAACAUCCAGCAACGACAUGUAGUCUUUUUAACAGAAAAGAAUAUCCAGAUGCCCUCCAGUUAUACAGAUAGUGGAAUAGUAGUUGCAUCUGCUGAAGCUUUUAUGCAAAACUUUAAAAAUCUCGUGGGCUAUCACAACUUGGGCACAGAAGAAGAAAACCUUCCACUGCUUGGUGCUAAUGAGAAUCUUGAGUCGCAGUCAGCUCUUUUAGAAAACGAUGAAAAGGAUGAAGAGGAUAUGUCUCUGGAUUCAGGGGAUGAAAUCUCACAAAUAGAAGUGUACAGCAGUUCAGAAAUAUUGGCGAAAGAGACCAAAGGAUCACGUGGAACAGAUCAAAAUAAGAAUAUUCAAAUUGAGUUGCAAUCGUCUCUUGACGUGCAAAAAAGUUUAUUAGAAGAUAAGACUUACCAAAUUGAUUCUGAAGAGAGAGCUUCUAUUGAUGUAAGCUCUGAAGGACAGAACAAUUCAGCUGAACAAGAUUCAUAUAGCAACUUUCAAGUUUAUCAAAAUCAAUUAAAUAUGUCCCAUCAGUGUAGUCAUUUUAAUGUUCUCACUCACCAGACAUUUUUGGGAACACCAUAUGCCCUUUCAUCAAGUCAGUCUCAAGAAAGUGAAAAUUACUUUUUAUCUGCUUAUACUGAAAGCUUGGGGGAAAAAUGAUUUUCCAGGCCAUCUUCAAAAGAAAAAUAAUUACAGUAACUUUUUUUUACAUAGGUUGUUAAUGGACUUUUUCUGUUUCUUAAAAGUGAAUUAACAAUUUAUAUUUCAUUCUUUAAGCAAGAGGUUUCUGUCCUUACUCAAAUGUUUUCCCCCUCUUAUUUAAAUCAUGAUGGCCUGUAACAGUUAAAGCAUAUGAAAAUUGAAAUAAAUAUAUAUAUAUAUAUUUUUAACAUAUAUUGUACUUGAAUUAUCUCAUGUUGGCACUUUUUAAGUUUUAUGUUUGUAUGUCAUCUGUACUUUGGCUUCAAAUUGAAGUCUGUUUUAUAUAUAAAACUAGGUGUUUGCAAAAGGAUAGUAAACAGCAAUGGCUUUCCUCUAUUGUUAGAUGAUACCAACUACUUUUGCUGAAAUGAUGUAUCAACUAUUGUAUUUAUUUUCACUUAAGCUUUUGUAUAGUGUUUUUAUACAGGUAUAAGCCAGUGAUACUAAUAAAUAUUUACAGGAUUUUGGCUCAAUACCUCAAGAUUUAUCUAACAAUUCCGUUUCAUUUUUUUAGAUAAACUAUGUACAUAAGACUUAGGCCUUAAUACCAGGCAGCAUUUUUUUUCUUCUUCUGGCAUGUUGCUAAAAUUCUGGUCAACCUAUUAUUUUAGAGCACUUGGUAAUUAAUUAUAAUUAAUUACUAGUGCUUGUGUGGCCCUUGACUUAGCCAAAUUCAGUUUCAAAAAAUAGGUUUUAUUAAAGGCACUGGACAAUUUGGAACAAACCCUUUGCCUAUAAAUUUUUAAACUGGUAGUCUUAGAAAAGAAGUAUCUUUUUGAGGUGGUAAGUACUUAAAUGCUAGAUUAAAAUAACUUCUUAAAUUCACAGAUAAGUAUGUGGUGGAGACAAAUUUUAAACCCACAGCUACUGCCAAUAACUGCCUCUGCAUUACUAAUGCAAACUUGUAAAUGUUUUUGAAAAAAACUGUAGUUCCUACAAUAAAAGUCAUAAAAACAGGAAGAAAAAAUUACCAUGUGAGCCUAAAUGGAAUCGGUUAUUUUUGUAGAAGUUGGGAUAUAUUAAACCAGACUUUUCCUUUGGCACUUCAAAAGACGACUUUUAAAUCUUUUAUAGAGCAAAAUACAUAGGUAUUUAAAAAGUGUGGAAGAACAUUGUCUAUUAGCAGAUUACAGACUCCAAGGCUGUAUUAAGGUAAGUCCUAAUACCCAGAUUGUGACAAAGCAGAAAACUGUUUUAUUGUUAAAAAAUUAUUAUAUAUACAUAUACAGCAUUUUACUACAGAAUAU